AUGGGUAGCUACACGCUCUUCGACGAUAUCGUGCACGCUCAGCUCGAAUUGCCCAUCGACAGUAAUGGCAUCACUGAAUCGCCUCGUGCAGAGACACCUGUUCACAGUCACGGUACCUCGAUGUUUACGAUCCAGAUGAUGGCCAAGCCGGGAGAGGAGCUGCUAUCUGCCUUCCUGCCGUGCCGAUAUUGCCGCAUGUACGAUCAUCGUCGCCCAGAGUGCGCUAAUGCGCCUGCAUGCGACAUAUGCGGCGAGACCGGUCGUGCAACUCAUGUCUUCUUACCAGCUGCGACAUGCGGCAAUGUUGCGCCAGAGGUGGGAGAGGCAUGCCAUAUCAAAGCGGCAGAGCAGCGUCAACAACGACAGCCAGGCGGCGUGACCCGCUGCAUGUCCAUGUACUGCGGCCUGCUGUCUGCAAAGAAGCACCUGCUUGACACGGGCACUGCGCCGGAUCACUCGACGGUCACCGGUGAGACGUCCCCAUACUGGCUUGCAGCGCGAGCCUCUGCAGCAAAUUGA